ACCGGAACUUAGAUUUAGAGGAAAUUCGGCAAAAGACCAAGGUAUCCGAGUGGGAGGCUGAAUUACAUGAAAAUAAACGAUAGAUACUUAAAGGAUUAAGAGCAGGGAACUUAAAACAAGCUUGGACUUUAGAAUACAAUGUCUUCAUUUGAUCCUAAAGAGCACCCCCAUAUACGAUACAAUCCUCUGAUGGAGGAGUGGGUCACAGUAUCACCUCACCGCAUGAAGAGGCCUUGGAAGGGGCAGGUGGAAAAACCAGAGGAAGAGGAGAUCCCUAGUUAUGACCCUAACAAUUCUCUGUGCCCGGGAAACACUAGGUCCGGCGGAAAAGUGAAUCCAGACUACACGGGCACCUUUCUGUUUGAGAAUGAUUUCCCCGCCCUUCUGAAGGACGGACCCGCACCACCCCCGAGCCCUGACCCCCUGUUUCAGUCGUCCCCUGCCUACGGGACGUGUCAGGUGAUGUGCUUCCACCCCCGGUCCGACCUGACCCUCCCCCUGAUGUCCCAAACUGAAGUCAGAGAGGUCAUUGAUAAGUGGGCAGAAAUCAACACAGACCUGGGAAAGAAAUACACCUGGGUACAGAUUUUUGAAAAUAAAGGAAACAUCAUGGGCUGUUCUAAUCCCCACCCACACUGUCAGGUGUGGGCCAGUUCCUAUUUUCCAAAUGAUCCCGCUAAAAAACACAGAACACAGAAAGACUAUUAUGACAAACACAAACUCCCAAUGUUAGUGGACUACGUUAAAAAAGAACUCCAGAAACAGGAGAGGUUGGUCCUACAGAAUGACCACUGGGUUUGGCUGGUUCCCUACUGGGCCGUCUGGCCGUACGAGACGAUGCUCCUCCCCAAACGACACGUUCUACGAAUCGAGGAUCUGAAUUCGGAGGAAAGGGACGCAUUAGCGGACAUCAUGAAAAAGCUCCUGACAAAGUAUGACAACAUAUUCGAGGUCUCAUUUCCUUACUCCAUGGGCUGGCAUGGUGCCCCUACAGGGGAGUAUCUCCAACAAGAUAACAGCCACUGGCAGCUCCAUGCUCUUUACUUCCCCCCUCUACUGAGAUCAGCUACAGUCAAGAAAUUCAUGGUGGGCUAUGAGAUGUUGGCCCAGUCUCAGCGAGAUUUAACAGCAGAACAGGCAGCAGAGAAGCUGAAAAGUUUACCAGAUUUGCAUUAUAAAUCAAAGAAUUCUUAACGAAUCCAGAGACUUAGUGCUUUCCAAUUUACCAAAUCUGCAUUAUACACCACAGAAACCUUACCCACAGACUUCGCGCUGGGGUAGUGCCAAACGUCAGGGUCCCUGCUGUGUUCUGAUCAUGUAUAGUAUUAUAAAUAAAAUGU